AUGACAGAACCUAUCGACUUGACCCAGGUCAACUCGAUCCUCGCAUCACCGCCCUUCGUGACAAUUUCAGGCACAUUCAAUGCUCGUCGCCUGCUGGACCACUCCCAACCUGCCAUCCGAUCUGACUACAUCUUCCGCUCGGGCUCUCUUGAACACCUUACCCCCGAAGGACAAUCAACCCUGAGGAAUCUUGGCAUAACUACCAUCUUCGACCUGCGCUCCCAACGAGAGAAGGAGACAGUACCCACACCGGACAUUCCUGGCAUCGAGAACAAGUGGUAUCCAAGUACGGCCACAAAUUCGACCACUGCAUCAGCGCGUGAAUCUGAGAAGUCUGAGGAGACAAUCAGUCUGACAGGAAUGUAUCUCGAUAUACUCGAGACGCAUCAACCUAGUUUCAAGGCAGUAUUCCAGCACAUUCGGGAUCAUCCCGACAUGCCAUUCCUGUUCCAUUGUACGGCGGGCAAGGACCGUACCGGUGUGCUUGCAGCGCUCAUCCUCAGUGUUGCAGACGCAGACCUUGAAACUAUCAAUUGUGACUAUGCGCUGACCAGGAUCGGCAUCGAGCCUGUAAGAGAGCUGUUAACAGCAAAACUUACAGCUGGUAAUCUCAAUACAAAGCUAAAUAGUCCGAGGAUGCGUGAAUAUGCUAAAUUACCGCUUGACUGCUGGGACGUUGUCUUUACAGAACUGGGAAAGAGGUAUGGAGACGUCAAGGGUUACGUCAAACAGGAGCUGGGGCUUAGUGGCGAAGAGAUGAACACGAUUGUCGCGAAUCUUAGGAUAACUUGA